AUUUUCUGAUCCCGAAUUCAAGAAUAAAUGGUAUGAAUUAUCGGUAACGAGGUUUAUACCAAAGUUGAUAUCGAUGGUGCGUGGAGAGAUACCACUGGACGUGAAGUACGCUGCAUGUUGUGUGUUCCGAUCAUUUGCUUUAUAUGAAGAUUUUAUAGUUUAUGUCACCGAUCAAAUUCUGCUGAGCGUUUUACUGAUGAGGAAUGCAAGUGCUAAGUUCAAGGAGGUGUAUUUUGAGAUACUAACUGGUGUGCUGUCACAUACAGACUGUUUCCCCCCAGAUCUUGUAGACAGUAGUGCUAUACCAAUGACAGUCAGUAUCAUCAGGGAGGGACCAUGUGGUCCCCAGCGUGCCGCCCUACAUUUAUUAUCGUCCCUGACAACAAGUGAUACUGGUUUAUCCACUGUGAUAGGAACCAAUAGUCUGGUACCUAUGUUACUAUGCUGUAUGAAAGAGUCUCAUUGCAGGAAAGUCCGCCAACAUGCAACAGAGGUUAUAAGAAACUUGUGUACCAGUCGUAAACUUGGACUGUGUAAAGAUUUGAUGUUACAGUUGAGUAAUUAUCUGGUACCCAGUCUGGAACAGGAAUCUUUAACCAGUCUGUCACAGAUGGCGUCAAGUUCUAUGACAAUAAUGCAAGCGAAACCGAGGUUUGACGAGGAACGUCAGAUGUGGCUUGGACUUGAAAAGUUCAUAGAUAUGACAAAAAGUGUAAUACAUAGGGAAGCUAAAGUUGAGGUAGAUGAUCUAGGGCUUGUAACUAGGGUUCUUAUGAAGCCAUGUAUAGACACAUGCCCUAUACAACUAGACAUUCUUGCCCAGGCAUUUCACGUGUUACAGUAUAUGUGUUUAUGGCCACUAGAUAAGUCACGGCUAGGAUUCAGUGCUAACAGAGUAGAUCUGACAACAUUCACUGAUGAUGAAAAACAAAAGUUACGUCUGUCAAAGGUAAAUCGUGGUCUCACACAAGCAAUAUGGGACAAGGUUGGAGUCAUUGUCACUGACCUGCUGCUGUCCUAUGCUAAGAAAUUCACCAAACUGUGUGAAGAGUCAUCAAAGAAAGGGAGACAAACUGAUAGUCUUGAUACAUUGUUUGAAUCAGGGGAAGUUACUCUAAUAACUAGCCUUCUAGAACUUACUCUUUGCUCAGCUCUGUGUACAUGUGUAGAAUUUCCUGACAUUAUGCCAAAACUUGAAGUUAAAUCUCCAAAAAAGAAAUCUAAACAACCAAAUAAACUGCAGUCAUUCUCCACUUCUCAAAUAUGCAAUGACAACAGGCCUGGUCAGAGUGUGGAGUCGAGGUUAAAAUCCCAGUCCGACACCGGUAAAGGUUUUGCAGGGGACGGGUACUAUAAGGUAUGGGAGAGAGAAAAUCCACAUCUGUCCACAUCUCAGUCAAAUAAAAGUCAUGAAGUUGCCAUGGAGAAAAGUAAAGCGGAAUUACGACACAAAGAAGCAUGUACGGACAGACGGCUACUACGCAAGUGUCUUUAUGAAGCAGAUGUAUUCAGAUGUGUUUGUCCGUUUAUCAAGUGUUCAGACCAGAGUAUACAGAUACUGGUUCUACAAAUUUUACGAUGCAUGAUUCAACCAUUGGAGGAGAGAGUGGCACCAAAACUGAACUCUGGGUCAGGUGUGUUUUCAGGCAAGACAGGAAAACAAAGACCUCAGACAGCUGGUGCUAUUCCGAGCACAAACAAGAGGCUAAGUGUUGCUCUACAUCAGAUGUCACCGGAUAUGGCCAACCUGAUAAAGGAGGCUCUUGGUCCUAACUUGGAGAAGAGUGAAACCAAGAAGCAAACGGACACACAGUUGGCACAGCAAGUUAAAGUACCAGGUGUUCCAACGGGUUUGGAGACGAUACAUGAAAGAUUACAAGAGUUUACAGAACAGAAUAAGCUGGAGGAUGUUAUAAAGACAGAGGCACAAGAUAGCGUGAAGGAAUAUGUGAAGCCUGUGAUAGAUAGAUGUCGACCUAUAGCCCAGCAAUGUAGAGAGGCCCUUAUAGAGGGUAUAGGAGAGAAGAUUAUAACGGGAAUCUUCACAAAAGCUCACAGAUUAAAAAAACAUUCUGUACUACUGCUGCAUGACUAUGUACAGUUUGGUGAGAGUAGUUGUCACAUGGUGUUGUCGAGAUACGGUUGUAUGCCAAGAUUGAUAGAUUUUCUACGUGUAAAUGAAGACAAUGAACUUCUGGAAAUAAUUGGGCUGAUUAUUGUGAGAAUAAUGGUGAGCAGUGACAACAGAUUGAGACAGUUGUUCAACAGACAUGGGGGUCCACAGCUGUUACUGUCAAUGGCACAGUAUACCAAGGGCCUGUUGAAACAAGAAGUGACAUCAACUCUCAACACAGUUUCCAAAGUGGAGAGUGUCCGUAAAAGACCGAUGUCAGCUCCAGUUCACAGAACAGUGCAUAAAGAGAAAGCACCAGAUGUUUGGGAUCAUAUUCAGGCGAGAUGGAGACAAGAAGACCAGGUAGCAAGUGUACUUAGACAGUGGAUGAUCGCAGAUAGGAAGCAAAGAAUUUAUUAAAGAAAGAUUGAUUGUAUGUUACAGAAAAAACACAGAAUUGGAAUAUAUGUUUAAAGCAAUAGAUUUACUUUAUAUGGAAAAGUGUUAAAGAGAAAACCUAGAAUUCAUUGAAGAUUUUUAUGUUGUUGAUAAAAUAGGCAAAGGUUUGAAAAAAAAAACAAACUGAUAUUGAGGAAGAUGUAUUAAAAAAUUUAAUGAAAUUUGUUAAAAAUUUAUGUUAUAAGUUAUAAUGUUGAAUUUAUUUAUAAGUUAUAGUUUGUAUUGUUGAUAUUUUUUUCUAAAUAGAAUGCAAAUGAGCAAAUGUUUCACUAAAGAUAGGUAUUAGA